GUAAUCACGUCCCCUUUAAGAAGCGUUGGGUGGAGGUAGUGGAAUUACUAGACAAGCUAAACCCAGCGUAAAUAAAAAGCCAACAAACGCCCUUUGAGAGGGAAAGAGAUAGAAUAAUGCUAACGGUACUCUGACAGGUGUUGUGAUGCUGGCAUGCGAUUUUCAAGGAUGCUGUGAAAGAUGUUCCGCAAGGUCAAGAAACGCCACAGCAGCAGCAGCUCUCAAAGCAGUGAGAUCAGCACCAAAAGUAAGUCUGUAGACUCCAGUUUAGGAGGAUUGUCCAGGUCGAGCACCGUCGCCAGCCUGGACACAGACUCCACCAAGAGCUCAGGAAACAGCACGUCGGAAAUCUGCGCGGAGUUUCGUGUGAAGUAUGUGGGAGCCAUUGAGAAGUUGCAGUUUGACAUGAGCAAGACGCUCCACGAACCUCUUGACCUCAUCAACUACAUUGAUGCAGCUCAGCAAGAUGGAAAACUGCCGUUUGUGCCAGGAGACGAGGAGAUGAUUCUGGGAGUGUCAAAACAUGGAGUCAAAGUAGCUUCUUUGGACCAGUGUGACGUGUUGCACCGUCACCCCCUCUACCUGAUUGUCCGCAUGCUCUGCUACGAUGACGGCCUGGGUGCAGGGAAGAACCUCCUCGCUCUGAAAACCACCGACCCAAAACAGGAGGGGUGCAGCAUCUGGGUGUACCAGUGCACCAGCUCUGAGCAGGCUCAGUCCAUCUGCAAGGUCCUGUCAGCUUCUUUUGACUGCGCUCUCAUGUCCGACAAGUCCUGACGCCUGGGAAGUGAUGCAGACGGACCCUUUUUGUGAUGAGUGGUUCACUUUUCUGUGUGUGUUGUGUUGAAUGAAGGAGAAAUAGAGGUAAUAUUAUUUUCAUAGUAACAACAUAUAGUACAAUACAUGGUACAUGAUCACUUGAUUUAAGUCUGCAGCACACUUUUAAUGUAAACAUGGGUACGAUUCUUGAAAUGUUUGCCUUCUAAUUUUAAGACUUGAUAUUAUAAAGAACAUCAUUUUAAUUGUUAUAUUCUUGUUAUUGAGGUACUAAUGUUCAAUUAUCGUAAAUAAACUGGAUUGUGUCACCUUUA